AUGCCUGCGCGGACAACUGCGCGCCCAAGGCGUGCCCCUGGCACCUCGAGGCCGAGCGGGAGAGGGUCUGGCGCAUCGGCGAGCGCAGAGCCCACUGAUACACCGGAUAACCCUCUACGACAGCGAAUAUGCUCCAUAUUUGGCGACGCACAGAAGACUACGGCUACUCAUCGAAAAUUGGCUGUCAAUCUGCGCAAGAUUCACGAGGCAUGCUGCUACGAGCCGACCACUGGUAAAGCCAGCCAGGGGGAGGGGUUUGACGAGGCAACAUUCAACAAGGAGUUUGUGCGCUGCGUUCUGAAAGCGAUGCCUGUGAAGAAGACGGAAAGUGCAGGAGAGAAGAUCAUCAAGUUCGCUGGCUUCUUCCUUCGGCAUGCGAGCGACAAAGAUUACGAGAUCCUGGGAGAUCAAGGGGCAGACGACAGUAUUUUGCCCGAGACGCCAGGCACUCGCCUCGCAGCGGAGGUGUUGGAGGCCGUCCUCCCUUUAAUGACUGCGAAAGACAAAUUUGUGCGCUUCAGGGCGACACAGCUCGUUUCAUUCACCGUCAACUCCCUCGAAGCGAUCGACGACGACCUAUUCCAAAAACUGCGGUACGGACUGCUCAAAAGAAUCCGCGACAAGGAGGCCAUGGUCCGUUCUCAGGCGGUUCUGGGCCUUGGUCGACUUGCUGGCAACCAUACAGAGGGUGGCAACGACUCAGAUGACAGUGACGAUGACCAAGGUGGCUUGCUGGAGAAGUUGCUCGAUGUGUUAAAGAACGAUCCGGCUGCAGACGUCCGCAAGUCCUUACUCGUAACACUGCCCAUCACACAAGCCACCCUGCCUUUGCUGCUGGAAAGGGCAAGAGAUCAGGAUCCUGCCACUAGGCGCACUGUCUACUCGCGCUUAUUGCCUUCGCUCGGUGACUUCCGGCACCUAUCGCUCUCGAUGCGCGAGAAGCUCUUGCGGUGGGGCUUGCGUGACAGAGACGAGAAUGUUCGAAAAGCCGCUGGUCGCCUGUUUCGCGAACGGUGGAUCGAAGACUGCGCCGGUGUACCGGCCGAAGGCGAUCAACAAGCCGACGCUGGUCCCAAUUUUGACGGUUUGUUGGAGCUUCUUGAGCGUAUUGAUGUGAUCCACUCAGGGGUCGAGAACGGCGUCGCGCUCGAGGCCAUGAAGGGGUUCUGGGAAGGCCGUCCCGAUUAUCGCGAAAACGUGGAACUGGACAACACGUUCUGGGAAACACUGUCCGCCGAGUCGGCUUUCAUGGCUCGCAGCUACAAUGACUUUUGCCGCAACGAAGGCAAUGGCAAGUACGAGCGCCUUAUAGACGAGAAACUUCCGGAAGUGACCAGGCUUGCAUUCUAUCUCGAGCGCUACCUCCAGGUACUUGCUGAAGCAAUCAAGCGAGUAAACCAGCAAGAAGGCGACGAAGAUGAAGAAGAGGACACAACCGAACAGGAGUUUAUUGUCGAACAAUUACUGCACAUUGCGAUGACUUGCGACUACUCGGACGAGGUGGGCCGGCGGAAAAUGUUCACCUUGAUGCGAUCCUCGUUGUCGAACCCGGACAUGCCAGAUGAGGUCACCAAGCUUACCAUCGAGGUGCUGCAAGGGAUCUGCUCCCCCGAUGCAGCUGGUGAGCGAGAGUUUUGCAGUAUCGUUCUGGAGGCUGUCACCGACGUACACGAUACUAUCAUGGACGAGCCAGCCGAAGACGAGGGUGAAAGCUUUCACUCUGCAAGAUCCGAGAUCAGCUCGGAGAGUGGCCCAGCGAAGACCAACAAGCGCGAGGGCAAGCCCGAGCUCAGCGAGGAAGAAGCUCGCGACAAGGCGGUCAAGGAGAUUUUGGUCAACAUGAAGUGCCUGCACAUUGUGCAAUGCAUGCUCACGCAUGUUGCUGGAAAUCUUCAAGACAAUACCGAUUUGGUCGCCAUGUUGAAUAACCUGGUUGUGCCUGCGGUCCGAAGCCAUGAAGCACCAGUUCGCGAAAGAGGACUUCUCCUGACGUCAACACCAGGCCUUCUCAAAGUCUAUCUCAAGGCUGUCAAGGGCAACGCCAAAUCUGCAGAGGUGCAGGCAGCGGCAACGGUGGCAGCCACAAAGCUCCUCUUGGGUCGCGUGGUCAGCGAUCUUGAAGCAAGCCAUGACUUGCUCAAGUCGUUGGUUGUGGCCUACUUUGAUCCAGCUUCAGCUCAUAACCAGACUGUCAGACAGGCGCUGAACUAUUUCUUACCUGUAUUCUGCUACUCAAGGCCUGAUAAUCAGGAUCUCAUGCGCUCGGUAGCUCUCGAGUCGCUACACGCACUCCUCAAUGUCCGAGAGAACUUUGAGGACGAUGACGUGGACGUGGACGAGGACAUGGUCAGCUUGAGCACGAUUGGCGCAUGCCUUGUGGACUGGACGGAUCCCAGAAAGUGCUACACGCCGAUCCUAAUUCCAGAUGCGGACAAGAGAAAUGUCAACGGCGACGUGCAUUUGGAGCUUGCCAUGGACAUUUUGGAAAGACUGAAUUCGAACAUUAGCAAGGAGGAGAAGAAGCUCGUUGCUUCUUUGCUGGGUAAACUUUACAUCUCACCUGGUUCGUCCCCGGAUCGCCUCCGCGAGACAUACACCGAGGUGUCAUGCGCCGUGGAAGACGGUAUCCUCACGGAUGCCACCAGCCGAAACGCACUGUAUAAAGUCCACGUCAGCUUAGGCAAGAUCGUCAAUGGGCUAGACGAAAGCAAAGCUGCGCCAACAGAUCUCCGUGCUAGUGUCAGGAGCAGCACCGCGCCAACUGAGAGGCAAGAUACAGAGGAUCGCUCAGGUCUUGAGUCAACGAGCAUACCAGAAGAAGAGGAGGUUGCCGACGAGACUGCUGCGCUGAAGAAAGAGGAAGACAUGAGCUUGGACGACGAGGGUGUGACCGAGGCAGGUAACGAUACGCAAGCAUCGUAG